CCUCCUCCUCCGGUCAGGAUAUAAGUACCGUCUGCCGCAACUGACCUGUGCCUUUACUGCAUUUUCACUUCAACUGCUGCAUUUACUUCCGCUACUGCAACUCGCAAUGCACCCACACAGUGCACUCGACCCAAGCUUCCUCGGCUCCUUCAAGCGUCUCUUCUCCCACAAGGGCUGCUACCUGGACCUCGACAUGACCCGUCGAAUCGACUGGCACACACGUCGCUCAUCCUCACCAUCCAAACAACACCCAUCCUUCCUCGACGAACCCGCAACUAAACCACCCACACACGACCUCACAAUCCUCUGCACCGAACUCCGCUCUCUCCUCCCACCCGAUUCAGACAAAUCCCUAUGGUCUUUACGAAUUCGCUUACAACAACGCGUGGUAACCGUACGCGACGUCCUCAUGCACCUCGAUCGGUGGUUAUACGCCGAGAUACCCGCGACGUAUUGGCCUGAAUGUCCGAAAGAACAGGAACGAAUUGAAUGUGCGCAUAGGUUACGCGUGAAACACCUUGCGAGGACACAUGGAAGGUCCGCGCGUAGCGGAGCGAGGAUGAGUAUUAGUGGUGGUGGACGAGGUGCACCUCUAGGAUUCAUGCAAGUCGUUGAAUGUGCGGAGUUGGACGAACAUGGUCGGUUGGUGAAACGCGACAGAAAAAUCGCCUCGAGGAUCGAUUGGUUAGGUGGGAAGUUCUUCUUUGCAGGGUUGAGUCCUGCGAAUGGGAAAGAGGGAGGGGAGGUGGAUUUCGUGUUGAAUAUGGAAGCUCCGUGGGCGAGGCGCAGACGCAGUUUGACGUGAUGAUCUCUGUGUGUUGUGGUCUUUAGCACUCGAAUUUUUUUCGGUCCGCGCUUUUUCGUCCUCGUUUUCGUUUUCGUUCUUCCCUCUGGUACCUUUUGACGCUCGACCAAAAUAAUCAUACGUAUCCAGAUGUAAAGCUCUCGUAAUCGCACGUUAUUUAUUACCUCACGGACUUUCCGUAUCAUAUAUCAGACCACUGCGCUUUCUUCCUGUCUUGAUAGAACCAUACCACAUGUUGUACCAUACCAGCAAUGUCAUCAUCGUUACCAGUAAUAUCAUCAUUAUCGG